CGCGUAGCGGGGCCGAUUGCCCAAUACUCCGGCAGGGGCCGGGGCCGGGCCCCCGGAUAAAUAGCCGCCCGGCAGGCCCGGAGCUGCAGGGGAGAGCGGCGGCCGCGGUCCUCCCCGCACCACCCGCCCGGGGCACUGCGCCCUGUGCUGCGCCCCGGAGACCCGCCGAGGCCGGUACCCAGGACCUACAGAGAAACACCGCCUUGAUCUCACAUUACAAUGGAAUUUAAGAAGCCACCUGACGGUGGCUGGGGCUGGGUGAUUGUACUGGCCUCCCUCUUUACUCAGUUUUUGUGUUACGGAUCUCCGCUAGCUGUUGGAGUCUUGUACAUAGAAUGGCUGGACGCCUUUGGUGAAGGGAAGGGAAAAACAGCCUGGGUCGGAUCCCUUGCAAGUGGAGUUGGCUUGCUUGCAAGUCCUGUGUGCAGCCUGUGUGUCUCAUCUUUUGGAGCAAGAGCCGUGACAAUCUUCAGUGGCUUCAUGGUGGCAGGAGGUCUCAUGUUGAGCAGUUUUGCCCCCAAUAUCUACUUUCUGUUUUUUUCCUAUGGCAUUGUUGUAGGUCUCGGAUGUGGUUUAUUAUACACUGCAACGGUGACCAUUACGUGCCAGUAUUUCGACAGCCGCCGAGGCCUUGCACUUGGCCUGAUUUCAACAGGUUCAAGCAUUGGACUUUUUAUAUAUGCUGCUCUGCAGAGACUGCUGAUUGAGUUCUAUGGGCUGGAUGGCUGCCUGCUGAUUGUAGGUGCUUUAGCUUUAAAUAUAUUAGCCUGUGGCAGUCUAAUGAGACCCCUUCAGUCCUCCGAUUGCACUUUGCCUGAAAAAAUAGCUCUGGAAAAUGUACCAGAUAGAUACUCGAUUUACAAUGAAAAAGAAAAGAACCUGGAAGAAAACAUAAACAUUCUUGAAAAGACCUACCGUGGUGAGGAACCAUGUAAGAGCACUUUAGCCAGCGGUGACUGGAAACCAGAGAGGCUACUUCAUAAAAACCCAACAACAAUGGCACACACAAAAGAGACUGAAACGUACAAAAAGAAAGUUGCAGAACGGACAUAUUUUUGCAAACAGCUUGCCAAGAGGAAAUGGCAGUUAUAUAAAAACUACUGUGAAGAAACUGGGGCUCUUUUUAAAAACAAAGUAUUUUCAGCACUCUUCAUCGCCAUCUUUCUUUUUGACAUCGGAGGAUUUCCACCUUCAUUACUUAUGGAAGAUGUAGCAAGAAGUUCAAAUGUGAAAGAAGAAGAGUUUCCUAUGCCACUUAUUUCCAUUAUUGGCAUUAUGACAGCAGUUGGUAAACUCGUUUUAGGGAUACUGGCUGACUUCAAGUGGAUUAAUACCUUGUAUCUUUACGUAGCUACCUUAAUAAUUAUGAGCCUGGCCUUGUGUGCAAUUCCAUUUGCCAAAAGUUAUGUCACGUUGGCACUACUUUCUGGGGUCCUAGGGUUUCUUACUGGUAAUUGGUCCAUCUUUCCUUAUGUGACCACGAAGACUGUGGGAAUUGAAAAAUUAGCCCAUGCCUACGGGAUAUUAAUGUUCUUUGCUGGACUUGGAAAUAGCCUUGGACCACCAAUUGUUGGUUGGUUUUAUGACUGGACCCACACCUAUGACAUUGCAUUUUAUUUUAGUGGCUUCUGCGUCCUGCUGGGAGGUUUUAUUCUGCUGCUGGCAACCUUGCCUUCCUGGGAUACAUGCAACAAGGAACUCCCCAAGCCAGCUCCAACAACCUUUUUGUACAAAGUUGCCUCUAAUUCCUCUAAUGUUUAGAGGAAUAUUGGAAGGCACUGAAGACUGUUUUCUCAUAGCAAAAUUUCACUGUGGCUGAUCUGAAUGAAUUUUUUUUUUUUUUUUUUACAUAUCCUAUUCUCUGUGUACUGUAUAUGUAGCCUCUAUCUCCUGUAUUUUUUUUUUUCUCUUUUUUCCUUUUUCCAAGAAGUGGGACUAUUCUGUUUUACUAUUAUUCAUGAGUUCUGGACAUUGUGAUCAUUUUGGCCAGCCUCAGAAGGCUUUCUCUGUGUAAAGAAAUAUAAUUUCUCUGCAGACUCCAUUAGUUCCAUUACAAGGCAGCCAGAGGAGACUCUAGCUAUUUUAAAACUGGUGCAAGCAGCGUGACGAGAUAUGUGUGUAUCCUGCCAGGGACUAAAUCACUCUCUUCUCUCUGCUAGCCUCGCUAGUAAAUAGAAGACUUCGAGCCAGUCAGGAAAUGAAAGGGGUUCCUAAAACAGCGUUAAGAAUUGUGGUGGCACAAAAUUGAUCAUUUUUUAAAAAUGAUAUUUUAAACUACCGUCACCAGUUUUCAUUACAGUAAGUCCCCUACCUAUGAACCUUCAAGUUGCGAACUUUCAAAGAUAUGAAGUGCGUUCGCACGUCUAAUCACGUAAGUUAGUUCACGUGUCUGGCGUAGAUUGUCAUGUGCGUGCAUCCUCUACGAGUGGUUGUGCUUUUAUGUACUUUAUUGUAAGUACUGUAUAGAGUACGGUAGUACAGUAUCUUUAUUUCAAGUCCAGGAUAUCCGGAAGCAAGCAUAAAAGCAGUGAUGAUGUAGCUGGUACUACUGUACUUUUCAAGGUACUGUACUGUAAGAUUAAAAAUGUUUUCUUUAUUUCUUGUGUUUGUUUUUUAUGUAUUAUUUGUGUGAAAAAGUAUUAUAAACCUAUUACAGUACAGUACUAUAGAGCCGAUUGUGUUAGUUGGGUAUGUAGGCUAACUUUGUUGAACUUACGAACAAAUUGGACUUCGAAUGCGCUCUCAGAAUGGAACUCAUUUGUAUGUAGGGGACUUAUUGUAUUCUGUUUACCUUGAUGAACCACCCACAUGUUUGGUGCCCACUGAGGAUACAUCCUUUCAAUUCCUAAGGUGUUUGCUGAGUUGCAGGCAAUCUCCAAACAGAGGAGUAGAGUCACUGUAGCCUUUCUUCAUGGUUGGCCGCUGGAACCUCGCUCACUUUUGUUCGUCAGCAUCCACUCAGCUGAUGUUUCCCAAGAAGUGCUGAUUUUACCUGUUUCCAAAUUGGAAAUGCAUAUUUAAACCAUUCCGUUCUGGCAAAUGGGAAACAUCCAUUUGCUUUGGGCACAGUGGGGAUGAGUUGCAAGUCCUUGCGUGUCUUGUCAGUGAAGCCUUUAUUUGCUACUAUCAGAUUUUAUGACUAUCCAAUUUUAAUUCAAGGGCAGAACUAAAAAUCUGUGUGUGUGUGGAUGUGUGUGGAUGCACACACGUUGUGCUCUGAGCCUGCGUGCUAUUCAGUACAUGGGAAGGGAAAAAGGCAAUAAGAAAUUGAUACCCUCCUCCAACUUUAUUCACUCUUAAGAAAAAUGUUCUAGGAAGAAAAUCAACGUUUAAUAUGUUGACAUUUUUCUAAAGAAAUGUUUUAAAAACUUUGCUAUGCAUCAGAAUCUUCUAUAGAUCCUUUUUAAAAUGUAGUUGCCUGAGUACCACUAGUAGGGACUUUGAUUAUGUAGUUCUAGGCUGUGGGCUAAGCAUCUGUAUUUUUAAUGAACUCUUUAAGUGAUUCUGAGAGCACAACCUGAGUUGAGAAUGACUGUUUUAAGAUUGACAGUAUAGAAACAUUUUUUUUUCUCUUAAAUAAAAAAACAAACAAAAAAACCAUUGAGGUGAGGGGUUUUUAAUAAAUAGCCAAGUUUGGUUCUUUAAAUAGGAGGCACUCUUCCCAUUGUGCCAAAAUUGUCUUUUCAUUUCUUUUGAAAUAUGUAAGGUUAUUUUAUACUUCUAUGUUGCCUUUCUUCAAAGGCACCUGAAGCACUUUAUAAGCAUGAAUCCCCACAGCACCUCAGUGAGGUCGGUAAAUAGUGCUUUUCUAGGCAGUAAACCUGGAGUGUGGGGAAUUUCGUAACUGAGUGAAUCCUACUCAAUAACCCAAUAAUGGGGCUCCAAAGCACCUUGGACUUCUGCUCCGUAUUCAGACUUCUGGAAACUUUUCUAUGCCUCACUCUUUAGUCACUGCCAAGGUUAGUAAGUAAAAUAAAUAGCAUUCAAAAAAUAUUAAAGGAAAUGUUUUUGUGAUAAAAGUUCCUUUUUGCCAAUAUCAUGUUCGGGAAAUCCACUAACCUUUUCUUAACUUUUAUGCCAUCCCCACAUUCAUCAAUGUUAAUACUUGUCCAAGUGCGUCUUUACCAUGUCUACUAAUGUCUUGCAGCGUGCACAUUAUCCAUUGUCUAGGGAAUGAAUUUUAAGUUACAAUAAAAUACCUUUUGUUUGUUU